AUGGCCCAACCACAAACAGAGCAACUGGAUACUCCACUCCAGAAGCCAAUGUCUUCGUUGACUAAACUUUUAAAUGAAUCAUCUACUUCCAUACCACAGCAACAACAGCAGCCAACUGAUACACCAGCAAAAACUACCAACAAUAAUGGACACCAGCUGAGCAGUAAUGGGAAUGGCACCUCUUCGGAGCUUAACUUCAACAAGAAACCCAUACCUCAGCCAAUUACAACUUCCGGGUUGACCGUUGAGCCACAAGUUAUUAAUGGCUUUGAUCCUUCACCAGGAACAAAAUUUCCCAACCAACUGUCCUCGUCAUCAUUUACACCUACAUCCCCGUUUACAAGACAGCUGGCAAACUCAUUUUCCAAUAAUUUAGUUCCAAAUCCGCCUAGAAAUACAUCUAGUCCAAGGUACUUAAGAAACAACUCCAUUAGCCAUUCAUCGUUCAGCACAGGUGGUGGCGGUGGGUCUGGUGUUGCCGGAUUAGGCGGAGCCGAAAGUUUAUCAUCGUCAAUACCCUACUGUGCCCCAGGAGGUAGAUCAAAUAAUGCAUCGACAUUAGCAUCAGCAAAUGGAGCCAAUCCUUCGUCAUCUUUACAUCGCGAGACAUUCUUGGGCGAUGACGCAAGUUCAACUUCAUCAAGUACAUCAAAUUCACAUAUACCUAACUUGCCCAAUGGUCAAUUUAUUAAUUCUAUACAUAUUCAAUCACCUCAAGUGAACUCAUCCAGUAUUGAUUCUCGAUUCGUUAUUUCAAAGCAAAGGGUUGCCCAAGCACAAGCGGCUCAGCAACAAGCUCAAGGGGGCAGUGUUUCGCAACGUUCUGGAUCACAGUCUGGGUUGUCGUCUUUUUUCUCAUCAAAGAGCAAACCAACAAAAAGGGAUUCUUCUACUGAUUUAGGAUCUUUUUACAAUAAUGCGUCAUCGUCAUUUCAGGAUAACAAUGAGAUAGCUGGAUCUCCUUCAAGUUUUUCAUCUUCAGAAUCAGUGUUGUCAACGCCAAACUUCAAUGGUAAUCCGCCAACAAGACAUAAUUCCAUGUCAAACUUGAAGAGAUUUUUCAAAAAAUCAACGCCGACUUCACAACCAUCACCAGCAACAUCGAAUUUAUCGUCAUCCUUGCGGUCAGGUGGUGGUAUAAAUAUACCGUCAGCAAAUGCUGUCAAUAUACCAUCAUCGACGGCAAAUAAUUCAUCUUACCCAAACAAUUCUUCAUUUACGACCACUCCUUCCAACGCAUCAUUCACAAACUCACCAGGAGCGUCGUCACUUUCCAUCAGUCGGUCAUCGACUUUGCAAAAUAAAAUCAGGUAUCAAGAACGCCGCCAAUCAGUACUGCAGGUUAUCAACCCCGUACAGCAAUUGCCAUUUUCUAAACGAUACGGUAAAUGGGUCGAAAGCUUGGGUGCAGGUGCUGGUGGAUCUGUGAAAUUGGUCAAGCGAUUAAGUGAUAAUAAAACAUUUGCCGUCAAGGAGUUCAGAGCCAAAUACCAAAGCGAAAGUAAACGAGAUUAUGCCAAGAAAAUCACUGGCGAAUAUUGUAUUGGGUCGACUUUGAAGCAUCCAAAUAUCAUAGAAACUAUUGAGAUUUGUUAUGAAAAUGAACGGAUUUUACAAGUUAUGGAGUAUUGUGAUUAUGAUUUAUUUGCUAUUGUUAUGUCAAACAAAAUGUCACGUGAAGAAAUCAAUUGUUGUUUUAAACAAGUAUUAUCUGGUGUUCAUUACUUGCAUUCAAUCGGGUUAGCCCAUCGUGAUUUGAAACUUGAUAAUUGUGUAAUCGAUGCAAGAGGUAUUGUCAAAAUUAUUGAUUUCGGAUCAGCAGUGGUGUUUUCAUAUCCGUUCUCCAAAACUUUAAUUGAGGCGCAAGGGAUCGUUGGUUCAGAUCCAUACUUGGCUCCAGAAGUUUGUGUAUUUAACAAAUAUGAUCCUCGACCAGUAGAUGUGUGGUCGGUGGCUAUGAUUUUUUGUUGUAUGAUGUUGAAGAAGUUUCCUUGGAAGGUGCCCAAGUUGUCCGAUUCAAGUUUUAAAUUAUUUGCCACUCGUGGUGAAUACGUGCCCAUCUCCGAGACGUUGAAGCGGACUCCACAAGAUGUACAAAACAUCACUAGUGGUGGGUCUUCUGGAGCGCUUAGCAAUUUGGGAGAUAUUAGUGAAGCUUUGGAGGAAGACAUAUCCAAUAUGCAAGUGCCGAAGCAAGGAAGUGGACAGCAGCAAACACAACAAAAGCAGCAACAGCAGCAACAGCAAAACGUAAAGGGUGCUGCGCCCUCUUCUUCCAAUAGCAAUGCAAAAGAUCAUACAUCUAGUGAAACUGGUGCUGAUAGGUUACUUCUAGCCCUACCGGAAGAUUGUCGCCGGUUGAUUGGCCGUAUGGUUGAAUUAGCACCAGCAUGUAGAAUAACCAUGGACGAGGUAUUUGAAGAUGAAUGGUUGAAAUCAGUGAAUAUGUGUUCAGUGGAAGAAACUGAACCUGGAAGUAAUGUUUAUGAAGUUAUCAAAUGUGAUGAUCAUGAGCAUACACAAGUUGAUCAAUCAAAAGCACAUAUUGCUGCAUUUGAAAAGAACAAGAAGAAGUGA